AUGGAGACGCCGCGGGCCUCCACAAUAGGCAAACCUGACAACAAAGCCAAUGACAUUUUCCAGCCAGAGCGGCCCAAUACGGCGCUGUUCACAAAUGAGAGGCGCGAGAUCUUCAUGGGCGCAUCACCUGCCCUGCGACCGAAGUCUGAUGAAUGCGUAGUUCGCAUGCGCUGCAAUGGCAUCUGCGGGUCUGACGUACACUUUUGGCACACGGGAUGGAUAGGCGAUCUACAAAUUACGAGCGAUCAUGUGCUUGGCCACGAGGGCGCGGGAGAGGUGAUAUGGACCGGUGCGGAUGUGAAACAAUUACGUGUAGGAGAUCGAGUCGCCAUCGAGCCAGGCGUUCCCUGCGAUGAGUGCUUCGAGUGCAGGAGCGGGAAUUACAACCUCUGCGCGGGCGUUGCGUUCUCGGGCGUUCCUCCUCAUCCCGGGUCCAUUCGACGAUAUCAUGUACAUCGCGCAGCCUUUCUCCACAGGCUCCCAGAUAGUCUGUCCUACUCCGACGGCGCCCUCCUGGAGCCACUAAGUGUGGUCUUGCACGGCUUCGAACGAUCUCCAAUUAGGAUGGGAGAAUCGACAAUCAUCUUGGGUGCAGGGCCUAUCGGGAUGUGUGCUCUGGCCGUCGCGCGAGCCUCAGGAGCAUGCCCGAUUAUUGUCACUGAUAUUGACCCCGGCAGGCUUCAGUUCGCUCGUGACUUUGUUCCAGGCUGCAUCACUGUUCAGAUUGACAUGCAGAAUCAGCCAGAAGACUUGGCGAAGUACAUCAAGCAAAUCAUUCGCGAGUCAUGCGGAGACGAACCACGAAUCGUCUACGAAUGUACCGGAGUGCAGAGCAGUGUUGUUACGGCCUGUUAUCUACCUCGCCGCGCUGGUGAGGUCAUGGUCAUUGGCGUUGGACGGCCCAUCAUGAACGACCUGCCCUUCAUGCACAUGUCGCUGGCGGAGGUUGACCUGAAGUUUAUCAACCGCUAUCAUCAUUCAUGGCCGGCAGCAAUACGCCUCAUUCAACAUGGAGUUAUCAAUUUGCAACCUCUGAUCACGCACCGCUUCCAGCUAGAUGAUGCCAAACAAGCCCUCGAGGCUUCGGCCGAUCGGACGACUGGCUCAAUCAAGAUCCAUAUCGAAGAUUUUGGACCAUGA